AUGGGUAUUGUUGGUGCCCAUGAGCAAGUGGAAGACAGAGACCACGGAUAUCUGGCCAGGAUGGGGAAAGCCAUGGCUCCAAGAAAAACAGGUAAGUAUUUGUGGCAUGCAGUGGCCUCAAGGUUUGGAUCCAGAGCCAACAAGUCAGGAAGCCCUUUGUGUAAACCUAUUCCAAUACUGGAUCCACAUCUGAAGUCACUAUUAGGGGACUCAAAAUUGCAUCUAAGGGGUAAGCAACCUUCCAAAUUCCAGAUUAACAGGUCCUUUGUCUUUGUGCUAGGUGUCUUUCCAGUUGACUUGGGGUAGAGGAAAAAUAGAAAGAUUUGCUUUCCUUCCUGUGGCUUUGGAGUGGGCACCACAAUAAGCACCCAAAGUGGAACUGCACAAAGCAGCUUCAGAUCUGAGAAUUAGGCCUACUUCCAGUACCUGGUGUCAGGAAGAGGAGAUGUUUGGACAGGAAGUUGGCCCUGGCAGGCGUAUGGAGAUGCCAGCAAUAUACCGUUUGAAGGAAGGUUAGCAGGCUGGCAAUGUUGGUCAAACUUUCUUUGACCAAGUCAGUUCCUACCAGCAAUUCACUGGCAGUGUUGAAGCUGGAAUUAAUUAAUUGACUUGUAUGUUGAGGCCCCAUGACCACCCCGUUCCCUGGGGAUUAAAUAAGUAUGGGAUCCAAUAAGGCCACAACUUUAUUGGUUACAGAUGUGUAGGUUUUGGCCAUAGGCAUUGGGAUAAGCCACACAAAUAUCACUCCAGCCCGUCUGCUGGAAGGGCCUCUAAGGUUGAAGCCAACCGACAGGGAAUAAUGCCCUAUGACCUCCAUCAAAUCGGGGCACCCCAAAAGUGGUCCCUGAUGGAGGAAUGCAGUGGCCCUAGCCCCCCUCUAGGUGUUGGACAGAAGUCACUACUCCUGGAUCCUUUUAACAGGAUACCCUUACCUGGAGGGGCAGUCAGAGGCUACAACCUCCCCUCCAUCCAAGAUCUAAGCUUACCCAAUGCCAAUCCACUUUAGAAAGUUGUGGUGAUUGCUACAAGGUAGGCAAAAACCCAAAGGCUGAUGCCAAUUUGCCAAAUGGAAAAAUUCCUUCCUGGCCCCAAAUAUGACAGCCGACAUAGUCCAUAACCAGGUUGUACCAUCAGCAACAUCCUGAAGUGAGGGAGGGUGGGAGAACCUGCAAAGAAAGAAGAGGCCAAAUGGCCAGGCGUAACCAUUGGGCAGUUGAUCCCAUGCCCCAGGGAACACACACUGUUGCCAAGGGUCGAUUUGGUGGCAGGCAGACAAUUCGGCCUGCCAUUUGCCGGUUCACAAGAGCAGUUUGGGGCCUGCUCACAAAGAAGGGCGAAUGGACCUAGAGGGUCUGGUUGCAUCUGCUCUAGUGUUUAAUUUAUCUUUGUAAGAUAUUUAUAUACUACGUAUUUAUAUACUACUGCACGUAAAAAUUGUAAAAAAUGACUUGAGUGUCUGAGAGAAGCAGGAUCAGAAAUUCUAAUCAAGGGCCUUCCUGUUUCCGGUGCGCCAGCAUUGGCGUCCCUCCCAACACUGCGGGAGAGAGACAGAUGGAGGUAAUCAGAUAAUGAUGGGAGAAUUUCAUUAUCUGCAUUCCUCUUCGGUUGGAAGAGGAACCAGGCUCUCACCUGCAGUUUGCCUGGCAGUCUGGCACUCGCUUCCCCAUGGAAUGCGAGGGCAGGCAACGGCACUGGGUGCACGGGGCACUCCGGCUGCCGUGACCCCCCCACCCCGUUCCUGGAAGCAAAGGUUAUCCUGUUAAUUGGAUUUUAAUUGGACUAAACUACAGGUGUGUGCUAGAGAUCAUGAGAUAAGAAACUGCGAAAACAACCCAGCUACAAGGAACUAAAAGGUUUGGAAUGAGAGUGGAUUUAAUUUGGUGAAAUAGAGGAUGGGAUGAGGGGAGCCCACAGUUUGCUUAUUUAAAGUUUUUCUCUACAUUUAUGAUACAGCAACCUUCCCCUGAAUGCAAGCUUUAUUAAAAAUAUCUGCACUAGUGAGAAUGGAAGAAAUUGCAAUAUACAGUGGUACCUCUGGUUACGAACUUAAUUCAUUCCAGAGGUCUGUUCUUAAGCUGAAACCAUUUUUAUCCUGAGGCGCACUUUCACUAAUGGGCUUCCUGCUGUGUGCACCUCUGGCGCGCGAUUUCCAUUCGCAUCCUGGGGCAAAGUUCACAGCCAGGAGCAGCUACUCCUGGGUUAGUGGAGCUCCUAACCUGAAACGUUCGUAACCAGAAGCAUUCAUAACCAGCGGCACCACUGUAAUAUGGAAUUUAACAAAAUUGGAACUGUGUGUGAGAGAGAAAGGAACUAGGGCGGGGCGGGGGGAAGAAACAUUAUGCUUUGAAAAUAUAGAGUAAAAUCCUCUCUUACCUCCAUCAUCCACAAAGGAAUGUGUUCAAGAUAAGGACAAAUGGCCAUAAGAUUCUACCUUCUUCUUUUUCUCUCUUUUGAAAGGCAGGUCAUUCCCCCAGUGGAAAUGGAGUUCCUCUUUCCUGGUUUAUGGGCUCCUGGCUCUCGCUUACCUGCUGAUGAUCAUCUUGCUGGGGCUACUGAUCUCCAGUGGUAAUUAAAGGACUCCAAAGUCUGAAAUGCUCCAGCUUUAUGACCAAAUGUGGGGUUCCCACCCCAAUUCAGUGAGAAACCUUUGAAAGCUGCUGGAAAACUGUUCAGAAAAUCAAACUUGGGCUGGUGGGAUGGCCAAUGGCUGACUAGUGAGUCAAGACAGCCAAAAUGGCCAAGGGGGGUGAGACAGCAUAUACAUUUCUGCCGGAUAUUGAGCCAGACCAGUGGACCAACCAGCCCAGCACUGCCUCCUCCAGGGUCUCAGAGUUCUUUCCCUGGUCAUGGGGAUUCCCCCAGGCACCAUGUAAAUAAACAAAAAAUAUCCGGAGGUGCAUGCAGGAUAUGUGCUCUUACUAAUGUUCUCUGUCAUUACUCUAACAAAAAAUAUUCUCCCCUCACCUCAAUUCUGCUAUUCAUCCUAGGAUGGAAGCUGUCCAAGAGGAAUAGCAAUUAGGUGUUGGGACUAAUUUAAUUUGGGAUUUCCAGAAUCUACCUGUCUGGUUUGUGACAAGUGAUGCUGGAAUGGGAGAAGAAGUCCCACCCUAUCUCUUUUUCUCUCUUCUGAAUUUCUAAUAUUCUGAGUUUACUUGUAUUUCUUCUUACAAUUUCAGGGUCAAAGUUUUUUUCAGAAAUGAAUGACAUGCAUAAACAGCUUGAAAUGAGCAAGGAGUGUAAGUGUCUUGCCAAAACCACCUGGGGCUUGCGGCUGCAAUAGCCUGGGGGAGGUGGCUCUCGCCUGGCAUUACGCCAGAGAGCCUGUUUCCACUGCAGGAGGGGCAUAAUUUGUCACCCACAAUCAUUCCUCCAAUGCCUGGCUUUAGAAGGCAGGUCUUCCUGAUCAACGUGGCAUCUUCCAGGGAAGCCUGAACUCCAAACACCUCAUGGGCCAGGAACUCUGUGAGUCCCUUGAGCUGGAGGAGCUUAGAAACAGGUGUAACUCAUGAGCUUGUGCCAUUGAUAUGCUGCAAACCCUCACAACCCCAGCGCCCUCAGGAUUACAGGGAUGAAAUGGGCUCGGCUGCUGCUGCUGCUGCUGCCUCGAUGAGCAUCGCUGCCCCCUAGAGGAGCAAAUUCCACCUUAACUAUCUACUCUGUGGAGAAGUAUUUUCUUUGUCUCUCCUGAAUGCUCCAGCCUUCAGCUUCACUGGAUGCCCCCAUCCAGUGCUAUGCUGAGAGAGGGAGAAAAGGCUUCUCUAUCCCCUAAAAAGCCCCACAUUGUAACUGUUCUUCACAAUUUAGAAAGCAUGCCUAUAUGAAAACAGAAAGAGUCUCUCCUCCUGGUGGGGAAGGCUGUGGAAGGAUGGCCGGAGCGUGCCCGCUCCACCUGCAGUCCAUUGGGUGAAGCCACGGUCAGGGCUUUCAUUCUGUGCCUUUUCUCUUUUGCCAGUGUUCCCAUGUGGUUCCAGAAGCAGGGAAUGGGAAUACUUUGACGGUCGGUGUUAUUACUUCUCCCUCCGGAAGGCUACUUGGCACACGGCUAAGUCACUUUGUGCAGAGCGCAAUUCAAGCCUGGUGGUUAUUCAUGAUGAGGCCAAGCAGGUAAAGGUGCUAGAAUAUUGGUCCUUGUAUGUGUGUGGAUAUAUUGCCUCUCAAAUGAGUUCUUACUGACACCUCAAACUACGUUUCCCAGGGUCUUUUGGUGGGAAACUACAUUUAACGUAGUAGAAAUAAGACGCAAACGUCAAAUUGAAACAAGGCCCCAACCACUCUGAGAUGACAAUGGUGAGGGAUGCUGGGAAGCCUCUUACAAUGACUUCAGGGCUCAGCUUCUCUUGUGGGCAGCUAGGGAUGGGCAAACAUGUCCAUUUUGGUUUCUCUCAGUUCUUCAUUAUUGCCAGUCUUAAGUUCACUUCUCCACAUUUCCAUAUCAAGUUUUAGAGAUUUUUUAAAAAGAUGUUCUCUUCCAGUGCAAAUUUCCCCUAACAUGCACAUCUUUGGACUGCAAUCUCCUCUAACAUAACACAUUUUUUAUGUUAUCUUCACUAAUAUGCAUUUAUAUGCAAAGUCACCCUAGUGACACACAUUACUCGGCUGGAAGACUGCAUUGCAAAACUCAGAGAAAUUCAAAUCUUGAAGGAUGGGGUGGAUCAUUCCAAACACAGGAAAGAUAUGCUAUAAAUAAGUCUGAGUAUACAGAGUAUAGCUGAGUAUAUUGUUUUGGAAGGUGCAAAUUAGGUAAGAUCACCUUUAAAUGCAAGCUGAGCAGGCAAGGAGAAAAGCACAAAAUACAUCCUGCAUGUGAUGUUUCAGCUGCUGGUGAUUGUCACAAAUUUCAAGUUUUACCCAGAGAGAAAGCCCAGUCAGACAUUGAGGACAUUACAAAAAUGAAAUGUAGCACCAAAAAAGAGAUGGUGUAAAAUUUGCAUAUGCUCAUUUCUGUGUGUGUGUGUGUGUGUGUGUGUGUGUGUGGACUUCAACUAGCCAGCUCUUAAAAUAGAGAACUCUUUCAAACAGAGGACUGUUAUCUGUAAAGUAGAAGAUGUGGACACUCUGUAGAUAUUUAGUGGCAAGUGUGGCUCUGGAAAUCCAGGUUUGCUGAUCAAGAUGCUUCCUGACUAGAGAAAGGCAAGACCAGAGCAGGGACUCAUGCAGAGACACAGGGAACAUCUUCCGCGCUGGCUUGCCCCAUGACUGAGGGAGCCAGGGCUGCGCAAUGUGCACACAUCCCACAAUGUGCUGACGUGUUGUGUCAUUACGUGUUGCAAGGGACAUGAGCAUGUGAGUGAAAUGAGCACAUGGCGCAGUGUGCACACAUAACAGCCACAGAAUUUUGAGGGGACCUUCAGCCACCCACCCAACCCCUCAACCCUCCAGUCGCACCCCUGCAGGCAAUGCUGCUUGAAUAACGCCACUUCUAUGAGUUGUGUGUGUUUGUAUCCUUAAAACAAAGCCUGCCCUAUCCUGUGGGGGGUUUCCUUGCAGAAUUUCCUCGAGUCUCAAACCAGGAAUGAACGCUAUUGGAUUGGACUCAAUGACAUCGAUGAAGAAGGGGAAUGGAGGUGGAUUGAUGGCACCAAUUACUUAAGCAGCUACAGGUAAGACACAGGACUAUGAAUGCCGCAACCUCCCCAGCAAGCCAAACUUGGCAAGGCUCCUGCUUUGGCCAUCCUGGGAAGGCAACGGAGACAGGAGCUUUGCUGAGCCCUGGUCUACAAUGUUUUCUUUAUUCCAGGAGUAGCUGAUCAGGUCUUGGCCUGGUGAGCCCCCUUGCCCCCUUGCCCCCUUCUUCUGCCCCACUGUCUCUCACAUACCCCCUCAGAUGCUGCUGCCCCCCAAAGGAAGUGCUUCUCCCAGUGAUUUCAAUAGAAACUGCUUUCUCUGCAGAGGCGGCAAUGCCCCAAAGAGUGGAGCAUUUCCCCCUUCAAAGGGGCGCCUUCUAACCAACCACCAGCUGGUUUUUAGAUAAAGGGAGCCUCCCUGGCACAGGGAGUACAUAUUCACAGGAGGCUGCGCUACACCAACCUUCUGUGAACUUUGAUGGGUGUCAAUAACCUGCUACCAUUAUGGCAUAGGUCCCACCCACCUGUCAAAGCUGGCCUGCCGUGGGCCAGUGAGAAAAAGAUCUGGCCUACUGGGCUAAAAUGUUCCCCAGCUUAUGCUAAGAUGUGAUAUGAAGUCAUACAGUGCAACUGGUUUGCUGAAAGUAAGCAGAUCUAGGUCUUGUUACAGACCUUCCUCGGGUGGGAUAUGCCUUGAGCUCCCUGGAAGAAAGCUGGGUAGACAAGCCUACCCAGAUAGCUAAAAUGUUGAUGUGCAUUUUAAUCUCUUUUGACUUUAUUGCUGCUUUUAUUUCUUUUUUGAAUGUUGCAAAAAAGUUGUUUUUAACUAUUUUCACCAAUAAUUUUAUUGCUUUAUUCUCUUAGUAAUCUGUUUUGAAGUUAUUUACAAUCCAACAGUGUGUAAAUUUUACAAAAUAAAUUAGCCAGUCACUGUGUCCCAGGGGCGCAGCGUCACUCCCUGGAGAGGCAGGUGGCUUGGGCAGGUGGAGCGCACCGCCUUCCUAUGCCCCUGCUGUGUCAAAGCCACCAAAGUGCAGAAUGGAAAAUCUAGAGAGAAUAGCUUGGAUAUACUUGGAUUUGGGGAGCGAGUCGAGGAUGGUGUGGCUGGAGAAGAACCAUUUCCGCAUUUUUCAAUGUAUCUUAAAUCCCUUCCUCAUUCAGGAAUUGGAGACAGGGUCAGCCCAGUGACUAUCAGAACAAGGAAGACUGUGCAGAGAUCCAUUUUUCUGGGGAAUGGAAUGAUGAGAGCUGUUCCACUGCAAACUUAUACAUAUGUGAGAAACCUUUGCCUUCCUGA